CAAACACGCAAGUUUUCCAAUGGGUAAGGUUAAGGUUUUCAUUGCAAGUUUCCUAUGCAAGAGGCAAUAAUAUGAAAGAAGCAAAGAGAAUCUUAAUUCUCCAUGUUACAGAUUCCCCCCAGCUAUCUAGCUGGAAGCUAAGAAGCCCCCUCCCCUUCAUGCAUAGUGACUUCAACUUGGAGACAACAACCUUAACAAACAAGAAUUUCAUUGGUUUCUUCUAACAUGUGUUUUUCUGUUCCAAAGGAUUACGUACCUACCAGCUAAACCUCAUCUAUAAAUACUUAAUACAUGAAACCAAAUUGAAGGGAAUUAAGAAAGAACAAUUAUAUAGAAAAUUAAGCUUACAAUCAUUUAUAAUGGAGGAGGUCUCUAAUUCAUGCAAUAAUGAGCUACAUGCACCUGAAAUUGUGUUCUUUGAUUUGGAAACUAACGUGCCAAAGAAAAUUGGACAAAGAUUCUGGGUCCUAGAAUUCGGUGCAAUUGUAGUUAGUGCACACAAACUCAGCGAAAUCGAGAGUUAUACAACAUUGAUAAGACCAGAAGAUUUAUCUGUUGCACCAAUGAAAUCUAGCAGAAGCGAUGGAAUAACACGUGAAGCUGUAAAAAAUGCACCAUGUUUUGAAGAUGUUGCAGAGAAGAUAUUCAGUAUCUUGAAUGGAAGGGUGUGGGCUGGUCAUAACAUUCAAAGAUUUGAUUGUGUUCGUAUCAAAGAGGCUUUUGAUGGUAUCAAUAGGCCAGCACCUGUACCAGUUGGAAUCAUCGAUUCUUUAGGGGUCCUAACUGAGAAAUUUGGAAGAAGAGCUGGUAAUAUGAAGAUGGCAACAUUGGCUUCUUAUUUUGGCUUGGGGCAACAAAAACACAGGAGCCUAGAUGAUGUUCGGAUGAAUUUGGAGGUCGUUAAGCACUGUGCAACAGUGUUGUUUCUGGAAUCUACACUACCAAACACAUUGCAUAUUGAUAAAAGCAAGUGGUAUGGCUCUUCAAGCAUUAUGACAAGAAGCAGAACAAAUGGGAAAUCACCAUGCAGAGAAGAGACAAGUAGAAAAUCCCCCCCUGCUUCAUCUUCAUAUCAAAGGACGGUUCCUUAUGCCAGGGGUAGUUUGGGAAAGGUGGCCGAAAGAAUGAAGGGAUUGUUGUGUAAAGCGCAAGGACAACCACCAUUACAACAAUUAUUAAAGCAUUCUCAUUCAUUGCUUAGGUGAUGCAGAAUUACCAAUAUGGACACGGUUCUCAGAAAAUAGCAUAUUCUAUUUCUACCUUUUGAAGAUUAUCUUAAGAAAGUGACUUUUGCCUCACGUUUUUUUGAGUUGGAAGGUUGACAUGAAAGAUAUGCAUGCACAAGAUGGUAGCGCCGAAAAUUCAUUUGUAUAUUGUAUAUAGAAUUCAUUCAUUAUUCAAGUUGUUCAAUGAAGAAAGAUAGUAACCAACACAACAUUCUUUGUAAAUAAAAUCAAAAUUA